AAUAAGAGAAGGAAGCUGGAAGCGCCCAAACAAUUAAAAAAAGAGAGAGAGAAAUCCAUACAGGGCAACUCGCACACGAAUGCGAACGUCAACACAAGAUUAAGUUAUUCCCCAUUUACAGCGGAGCAUCCACGAAGCAGAAACGUGAAGAUUUCAGGAGCGCCUAGCGUUGACGCGUUGUCCAGCACCUUACUUCUCCAGCCUGUGUUCAGGUCUGUCUCCCUCAGUCAAAACGCCGCCUAUAAAACAUAGCGAGAACUCUUGCUUUCAGCACUUGAUGCAAGAACAGCUCCGCUCACACAACGUUUCAAGCUUGUUCCUGCAUGUUUUCAGUGCGCUCACUUCUGACCCGACUAGCCUCAGAAUUCCACCUCCACUUCAACAGCACUUUGCACAUAUGAACACCUCCAGCGUUUCUGUAUUGCAAGUGCUCUACUAACUGACAUCUACCGUUGAGGAAGCAGCGAUUUGACUUUAUGCUCAAUAUGUACCAGGGCCAUUUGCAGGGGAAAGACUCUAGGGCUGCAGAUAAGACUGUUGCCAUGGUGCUGAAGGAGAUACCAAGUAAGGCGUCUUCAGAAGGAAAACCCCUCCUCACUGUGACAACCAAGCUGGUGAGCGAGCAACAAGAGAGUCGCCCCCUAUUGAGCCCCUCCAUCGAUGACUUUCUCUGUGAGACCAAGUGCGAUGCAACUGCUCGCCCAGUGACCUCCAACACAGCAGUCCUGUCCUCAACCUUGGAUCUGUUGGACCUCAGCGAACCUGGUGAAAGGAGAAAUAGCAAGGACAAAAAAAGUCCUCUGGCAUCACGUGGGGAGGGCCCCAAGUGCACCCCCCACAAGAAGAAGCAGGACGACACAGAGCUGAUCCAGGUGGACAUUGAACAGAGCAUCCCCAUCUCUCGGACACCUGAGAGAGUAUCUCUGGACUCAGUCAAUAUUUCCUCUCCGUUGGAAAAAUGGGAGGAGCUGAACCACCAUCCAGAGAGAAAUGGUAGCAGGAAGUGGAAACUGGAGAGAAGACGUUCAUCAAAGAAUUCCUCCAAUGAAUUCCUGUGGUCCACAGAUUACAAAAUGCAGCCUGAGUCAGCUGCAAAAAACUCACUGGAAGCCAAUGCCAAUGUAGAAGUGGAAGCCCUCCCAGUCUCUCAGCUCAACAUGCAGUAUGUUAGUGGAAGACAAGGCCGUCUAAGCAAGGACCAAAGGUGGGGGAGUGCUCUCUUGUCCAGGAACCAGUCCCUGGAGGAGGAGUUUGAGAGAGCCAAAGCAGCUGUGGAGUCUGACACUGAGUUCUGGGACAAGAUGCAGGCUGAGUGGGAAGAACUGGCCCGCAGAAACUGGCUGACAGAGAGUGAACAAGUCCAGAUCCCUUCCAGCGUUUCUCCACAUGAGAAGGGCUACUACUUUCACACGGACAACCCGUACAAAGACUGGCCCAAUGCUUUUGAGGAAGGGCUGCGGAAAUCCCGAGAGGGGGACCUUCCCAAUGCUGUCCUGCUGCUGGAGGCCGCAAUCCUGCAGGACCCGCAGGACUCUGAGGCAUGGCAAGUCUUAGGAACCACACAGGCUGAGAAUGAGAAUGAGCAGGCAGCAAUUGUCUCCCUCCAGAGGUGCCUGGAGCUCCACCCCAACAACCUCACGGCCCUGCUGGCACUGGCAGUGAGCCUCACCAAUAGCGGCCAGGGCCAGGAAGCCUGCGAGGCCCUCCUCAGCUGGACGCGGCACAACCCCAAAUACAAGCAUCUGCUGAAGAACAAGAGCCACCUCAAGGGCUCCCCGGGGUCCCAGCGCAGGCUGUCCCGGUCCUCCACUGUGGCCAGCAACACCCUGCUGGCUGAUGUGAAGGAGCUGUUCCUGGAGGCAGUCCAGCACAACUCAGACACUAUUGACCCAGACCUGCAGACGGGCCUGGGAGUACUCUUCAACCUCAGCUCCGAGUACAACAAGGCGGUGGAAGCCUUCAAUGCAGCCCUGUCCGUCCGACCGGAGGACUACUUGCUGUGGAACCGCCUGGGAGCCACUCUGGCCAAUGGGGAUCGUAGCGAGGAGGCAGUGGAGGCUUACACCAAGGCCCUGGAACUGCAGCCUGGCUUCAUCAGGUCCCGGUACAACCUUGGCAUCAGCUGCAUCAACCUGGGGGCACACAGGGAGGCAGCAAGCAACUUCCUGACAGCGCUGAAUCUUCAGAGGAAGACCAGGAGUCGACAGCUCUCUCAUCAGGUCAUGUCUGGAAAUAUCUGGGCCGCCCUCAGAAUAGCCCUCUCCAUGAUGGACCAGCCCGAACUCUUCCAGGCCGCCAACAUCGGAGACCUGGACUUACUCAUGAGGGCCUUCAACCUGGACAUUUGA